AUGUUCCAAUCCCAAACCUCAAAGGGCAUGCUCGCCCUAGCUGCCAUGAGCCUAGUCACUGGCACAACCGCCAACCUCGAAACCUGCGCCAGCAGCACCGCUUUCAGCUGCGCGAGCUCCUCCACAGAGCCGACCUGCUGCUUCAAUUACCCAGGCGGUGCCCUCCUUCAGACUCAAUUCUGGGAUACCAGCCCAUCAACCGGUCCCACGGACUCAUGGACCAUUCACGGACUGUGGCCCGACAACUGCGACGGCACAUACGAGGCAAGCUGCGACUCGAAUCGCGCUUACUCAAACAUCACAGCGAUUCUGCAGGACCAGGACCUCGGUGACCUGGUCAACUAUAUGGAUGAGUACUGGGUUGAUAUCAACGGCGACAACGAGGACUUCUGGUCGCAUGAGUGGAGCAAGCACGGUACUUGCAUCAAUACCAUCGAGCCGAGCUGCUACUCCGGCUACAAGGCGCAGGAAGAAGUGGGUGAUUUCUUCCAGAAGACAGUUGAUUUGUUCAAGAGCUUGGAUACGCACAAGGCUCUCGCCGCUGCUGGCAUUACCCCGAGUACAUCCAAGACCUACACCCUCAGCGAGAUCCAGAAGGCUCUUACUACACUGCAUGGCGCGUCGGUUUACCUUGGCUGCUCCAGUGGCAAGUUGAACCAGGUUUGGUAUUUCUAUAAUGUUAAGGGCAAUGCGAUUGAUGGAACAUACAAGGCUGUUGAUACGCUCACUACUUCUGGCUGCCCCAAAACUGGCAUCAAGUAUGUGCCCAAGUAA